AUGGGAAGAACAUCAAUCUUUAAUCAAGCUGAAAAUGAAUUAAUUUUAGAAUGGAUGCAACGUAAUCCAAAUCAUCCAAAAAAUAGUUAUACGAAACUUAGUAAAGAACUUGCUAAGAUUUCUUCUAUUGAAAAAAGUUCAAAACAAAUUAGACAACAUUGGUCAAAUAAUCUAAACCCAGCUCUUGGUUUGAUGCAACAGAAAUUUAACAAAUUAUAUUCUGAGAACACGAUCAAGAAUUUUUUGCACACUAGAAAAAGAAAACUUGGUCAAACUCAAAAAUCGCCAAAACUUAAAGUUUAUGAGCCCAAACCUUCUCCCCCAAAGUUUAAUAUGCCUCCUCCUAUGAACCCUAUCUUUGAUUGA